AUGGCGGCGGCGGUGACGGUCGCGGCGGGGCAGCUGCGGCGGGCCAUCCGGAGGCCGCCGCCCCCAUGGCCGGGCCCAAGCCGCCGUCGAACCCACUCAUCCGAGCCCCCGGCGGCUCCGCGGGCCUCGGCGGUGCGCGACGCCUUCCUGAGCUUCUUCCGGGACCGCCAUGGCCACCGUCUGGUGCCCUCCGCUUCCGUGCGGCCGCGCGGGGACCCCAGCCUGCUUUUUGUCAACGCGGGAAUGAACCAGUUCAAGCCAAUCUUCCUAGGUACCGUGGAUCCCCGAAGCGAGAUGGCGAGCUUCCGACGGGUGGCGAACAGCCAGAAAUGUGUGAGGGCUGGAGGCCGUCACAGUGAUCUAGAAGAUGUGGGCCGGGACCUCUCCCAUCAUACCUUCUUUGAGAUGCUUGGCAACUGGGCCUUUGGGGGGGAAUAUUUUAAGAAGGAAGCUUGCAGCAUGGCUUGGGAACUGCUGACUCAGGUCUAUGGGAUCCCUAAAGAUCGGCUCUGGGUCUCCUACUUUGGUGGUGAUCCCAAGAUGGGGCUUGACCCAGAUGUGGAGAGCAGGGACAUCUGGCUCAGCUUAGGGGUUCCUGUCAGCCAUGUACUUUCUCUCGGGCCACAAGAUAACUUCUGGGAGAUGGGGGAGACUGGCCCCUGUGGGCCUUGUACUGAGAUCCACUAUGAUCUUGCCAGCGGGAUGGGAACCCCCCAGCUGGUGGAGCUUUGGAAUCUGGUCUUCAUUCAGCACAAUAGAGAAGCAGAUGGAAGCCUGCAGCCACUGCCCCAGCAGCAUGUGGACACAGGAAUGGGCCUGGAGAGGCUGGUCACGAUACUGCAGGGCAGAAAAUCCACCUACGACACGGACCUCUUUUCCCCACUACUCAGCACCAUACACCAGAAUUGUGGUGCACCCCCUUACCUGGGACGGGUUGGGGCAGAGGACACGGGACACACAGACAUGGCAUACCGUGUAGUGGCCGACCACAUCCGCACACUUAGUGUCUGCAUCGCUGAUGGUGUUUAUCCCGGGAUGUCGGGAGCUCCGCUGGUUCUCCGGCGCAUCCUUCGGCGAGCCGUGCGGUUCUCUGUGGAGGUGCUGCAGGCACCACCCGGCUUUCUUGGCAGCCUGGUGCCCGCGGUGGUAGAGACUCUGGGAGAUGCCUACCCAGAGUUGGGGGAGAAAGCAGAGCAGAUAGCCCACGUGGUGUCCGAGGAUGAAUCUGCCUUCCUGGCCUCCCUGCAGCGGGGCCGGCGCAUCAUCGACAGGACCCUGAAGCGCUUGGGGCCUUCCGACUUGUUCCCGGCUGAGGUGGCCUGGUCUUUGUCACUGUCUGGGAAUCUGGGGAUCCCCUUGGACCUGGUUGAGCUGAUGCUGGAAGAGAAAGGGGCGCAACUGGAUUCUGCUGGACUGGCCCGCCUGGCCCAGGAGGAGGCCCAGCGCCGCGCACAGCAGGCUGAGCCUACUCAGGAGCAGGGUCUGCAACUCGACAUCCAUGCGCUGGGGGAACUGCAGCGCCGAGGGGUUCCCCCAACCGAUGACAGCCCCAAGUACAACUAUUCUCUGCACCCUAGCAGGGGUUAUGAGUUCAGCCCCUGCGAGGCUCGGGUGCUCCAGCUGUACACAGAGGAUGGAGCAGCCGUGAACUCUGUGGGGGAAGGCCAGCGCUGUGGCCUCCUCUUGGAUCGGACCAACUUCUAUGCUGAACAAGGGGGUCAGGCUUCAGAUAGGGGCUACCUGGUGCGGCUAGGACAGCAGGACGUGCUGUUCCCAGUGGCCCGAGCCCAGGUCUGCGGGGCCUUCAUCUUGCAUGAGGUGGUGGCCCCCGAGUGCCUGCAAGUGGGGGAUGAGGUGCAGCUGUACGUGAACAAGGCCUGGCGUCUGGGCUGCAUGGAGAAGCACACGGCCACCCACCUGCUGAACUGGGCGCUGCGGCAGAACGUGGGCCCCAGCACGCAGCAGCGAGGGUCCCAUCUCAGUCCCGAACGGCUGCGCUUCGAUGUGGCCACCCAGGCCCCCUUAAGUCCAGAACAGCUCCGAGCAGUAGAGGGCACCGUACGCCAGGCUGUGGAGCAGGAUGAAGCCGUGUACACAGAAGAAGUGUCCCUGGCGCUCACUGCCAAUGUCCCAGGCCUGCGCUUCCUGGAUGAGGUGUACCCAGAUCCUGUGCGGGUGGUAUCAGUGGGGGUUCCUGUGGCACAAGCCCUGGACGUGACCUCACAGGCAGCCAUGGAGACUUCUGUGGAGCUGUGCUGUGGCACGCACCUGCUCCGCACCGGGGCCAUAGGGGACCUGGUCAUCACAGGGGAACGACCGCUCACCAAGGGCAUCACUCGUCUGCUGGCGGUCACAGGGGAGCAGGCCCAGCAGGCCCGAGAGGUGGGCCAGAGCCUGGCCCAGGAGGUGGAGGCAGCCGCCGAGCGACUGAGUCGGGGCAGCCAGGAUGUGGCGCAGGCACAGCGGCUGUCCAAGGACAUAGGCCGACUCACUGAUGCAGUGGACACAGCCCUGAUGCCUCAGUGGCAGCGGCGGGAGCUGCAGACCACCCUGAAGACGCUGCAGAGGAAAGCCAACACCGCUGUCCGGAAGCUGGAAGUGGGCCAGGCUGCACUGAAGACCCAGGAACUGCUGAAGCGGCAUUCAGAGGGGCCCUUGAUUGUGGACACAGUCCCCACCGAGUCCCUCUCAGUGCUGGUGAAGGUGGUUCGGCAGCUGUGUGAGCAGGUUCCCCACACCUCCGUGCUGCUACUCAGCCCCCAGCCUUUGGGGCAUGUGCUGUGUGCCUGCCAGGUGGCUCAGGGUGCCACGCCAGCCUUCACCGCAGAGGCCUGGGCACUGGCUGUGUGCCGCCACAUGGGAGGCAAGGCCUGGGGCUCUCGCAUAGUGGCCCAGGGCACCGGAAGCACCUCUGACCUGGAAGCUGCCCUGAGCACAGCACGAGCCUAUGCCCUCAACCAGCUCUGACCCAGGCUCCCCUCUGAACUUUGAUGGCUAAAGACAUGGGGGGACAGGGGCCAGAGUUGUACAAGCGCUAGCCUAGGAUGGACCGCGGUUCUA